AUGAUUGAUCAUACACGUCUUCUUCAGGACUACCCACGGACCCUGGCCGUCUCAUUGGCGGUGCACAAUGUGGCGGCUGUCUUUCGCGACGACGUCUCCCGUCACGACUACUGGAGUUUGGGUACGGAGGAUGACCAAUUCCUAACUGACGAGUUUGCCAUCAUUCACCGACGCGACUACGAGACGUCCAGUGCCUGCCUCGAGAACGACAGGCCUCCCCUCGCCUUCGCAUCUGAGGCCAUUGUUGUGCGGAUCUAUCGCCUGUGGAAGGAUACCGAUGGCAAAAGUUGGAUGGAAGGUGGAGCCUUCCUCCGACCCUACGAUCUCCCCUCCUCGGUCUUGUCUACCACAGACGCGCUCUGGCAUCCGCGGGAGCUGGUCUACGACGAGACGAGUCGCCUGGUGUUGCCUCUAUCGGCUUUGCGCGGUCGAUGCUCCGUUCUCUCUCCCAGUAUCUACCGUUUGGGACGUCCCGCUGACCUCCCCGCGGUGCUACGGUCCGGUGGUGGCGAAAAUGACCACCACGACCCUCACCCACUCGUCUUCCUCUGCGAACGUCUCAUGACUAAAAAUUCAGCUGGCGAACUCCUCUUUCAAGACAUCGCCCCUGCCUACCUUAAGGUCACCAUGAAGCCCUACUACUUCCUCCGGCACCCAGAGUCAUCAGCCCUUCGAGCCGCAAUUGUGCGGUCGUCUACGCCCAGCGAACUCUCCGCAUUGGACGCGGUGGCACCGCUGGGGGAAAUCGUGCCGAGCGGCGUGGAGAGCGGCAAACUUUUCGCUCCGUUCUGCAAAAGGCGGUGGAGGGAAACAGAAGAAGAACCUGUGGAAGAGUCGAAGGCUGAGGAUUCCUCCUCUGUUUGGACGAAUGAACCGCCUUCCAUGGGUCAACGGAAGACCGGAAGAAGUCUGGAUGCUGUGCUCGCCCGGUUAAAACCGAUACCGCUACCCACCAACACUGCGAACACCAAUGGAACCUUCCACCAUGGUCCUCGAAAGUCCCAAUGUGUCAAACUGAUUUCUUCCAGCCACGGCAGUUCCACCUCGAAAUCCCCAACCAAAAAACGCAGUCGUGGUCUCUCGACCUCCGCCUCCAAGCCGUCGGUAACCACGUUGACCUUCAUGCAGCUCCAACAGCAAAUUGCUCUUGGCGAUGAUACCCUCACCAAGGAAGCUGCCUCGCCAGUAACCACCCCAAAACGACGUGGUCGAAAGCCAAAACCUGUGACAUUCGGCCCCCUGAGGGAUGAUGACGUCGACGAGCAGAUUGAAUUCGAGGAGUGCGCCGAUGUCUCAUCUCCAUCUUCACCCAAAGAAGCCGUGGUUGCGGAUAUCACUGAAGAAGAAGGCGUUGUGCAUACUUGUGAUAGCCUUGUGGUGGAGGUUCUCUGUCACGUGGCUACUGCCGAUGACCCCGUCUCUGACGAACUGCUUCCGCCUCCGGAAGUGCUAGAAGAACCAGCGGUGCAGAUUGUGUCCGCUGUCGACUUCGGUGGGCCUGAGGAAUGCCUACCUGUUUGUUGCGAUCAGGUUGUCAUGGAGACUCCUCCUUUAGCCACACUAGAUGUGAUUGUUCACGAAUGUGUUGGUUCAGUGUCCACGCCGGUAGAAGGCAACGAUGCUGCGACAGCAGUGGCACACGCGUCCUCUCCACCCGCCCACGAAAUCGCUCAUGCACGCCCCACUCCGCGUAUCCUCCACGCAGAAUUCGAGGCGACUCCUGAGGCUGUUUUGGACAUCCACCCUGUCUUUGAAAGCGUCGAAUUCCUCGAGUCCAUGCCAUUUCUUGUGGAGGGCGUGGCAAAUACCAUGUUGCAAGCCCAAAUCACCUCCUCGUGUGUGUUGAAAGAACCGGAGACGUGUCUGCGGCAAAACUUUGAAGACGCCUACCAACCCAUCAGCAGCAGUUCAGAGUCCAGUUCAGAGGGCUCUGUUGAUGUUGUCAACGACGACAGUAGAAGAUUGAAGACAGUGUGGGUCCGGACUUCGGACGGUGACGAGCAGGAGGACUCGAAGGAGCAGCGUCGUUCUAACCUCUCGAGCUCUCGUCGACGCAAGGGCAGCAGUCCAAAGAAGCGUGUUUUUGAAGAUCCCGAGUUUGUACUCGACCUCUCGGCGAAGUCUAGCGGCGACGAGUAG